AUGGAGGUGGUUCCGUCGAAGCAAGCGACUGUCUACAAAAACAUUCAAGCUCAUGUUCCAACCGCAAAAAUUCCAAACGAAGUUAAAUGUCGUCGAAUGAUGGAAUUGAUAAGGGCAACGAUUAAAGAAGCUGCUGCUAAAGCCAAUAUUGGAUAUGUUGAUGUUUCAGGUGCUUUUCGUGGUCAUGAAAUGUUUUCUCGUAAUCCGUGCAUUUGGCGUCUUUUUGACCAAAGUGCUUGGCUCAACCAAAUCAAAAAGCCUAUGCUAAAAUAG